CCCGCCAAUUUUUAGAAAACCCUAAAUCCUCCUUUUUGUUUGUUUCCCUCCAUUCGCUUCGAGUUUUUAGCAGUACGUUUUGGCAAUGGCAGAAGAUGAAGCCGUCGAUCCUAUCCUACCAGAAUUCCCAACGGCAAGGGUAAAAAAGAUCAUGAAACUUGAUAAGGACAUCAACAAGGUGAACUCGGAGGCUUUAUUGCUCAUUUCCUGUUCCACUAACCUUUUCCUGCAAUUCCUCGCCGAGAAAUCAGCCGAAGUCGCCACCGCGAACAAGAAAAAAACCGUGAAGCUCGAUCACCUCAGAACCGCCGUCAAAAGGCAUAGACCAGCGAGCGAUUUCCUUCUCGACUCACUUCCUAUUCCAGCCGAGUCUACUCAGUCCGCUGCUCGUUCAGUGACCGAUCGAGAUCGUUCCCGGCCAGUUUCUAAUAAACCUGCCCCUGCUGGAACCCGCCGCAUAGACCAUUUCUUUCGUAAGCCAGAAAAUGAAGCUCCGAUCAGUUAAAAGAUGCAUAGAAUUUCCUUUUUUUCUAUUUAGCAAAAUCUACAGUAAAUGCUAGUUUGCUUUUGUACUCGGAUUUGAUAAGUUAUCAAAUUAGUGUGUUUCUUACUGAGUAAUGAAAUGUUGAAAACUGUAGCUAUUUUAUUA